AUGGCUGGAAUACUCCCUCAUGAACUCAUACUGGAAAUUCUGUCAUGGCUUCCUGUGACGAGUCUCAUGCGAUUCAGGUGCGUUUCAAAGACAUGGAAAUUUCUUAUAUCCGAUCCUUACUUGGUGAAAUUGCACAUGGAAAGGUCCUCCAGAAACCCACAAAUCCUCUUAAUGGCGAGACAGAGAUACAAGAGUCAAUGUUUCAUGGCUCGUUUACGCUCUUUACCUUGUUUAAUCCAAAACCCUGCACCAUCUUCUUGUGGUCGUAUCUUGCGAUGCCCCAAACCCUAUAAAUAUGUAUUCGGUUCUUGCAACGGUUUGCUUUCUCUACAUCACUCUCUUUCAACAAACGAGUGUGAAGAGCACUGGGUCUGCUUUUGGAACCCUGCCACCAACAUUUGCUCCAGACCUUCACCAAGCUUGCGUCUCAAUUACGGCAUUGGUGUUCAAUAUGAUAUAAAUUUUGGUUUUGGGUACGAUGAUCGGAGGGACAGUUACAAGGUGGUGGCAAUGGUUUUGGAUAGUAGUACACAGCGAACGAGUGUGUGGGUUUACUGCAUGGGUGACGUAUGCUGGAGACGUACUAUAAUGACCUCUCCGGCUUUUCUCACUUUUGACAGUAAUGGAUACUCUCUGAACGGUACUAUUAACUGGAUAGGAUAUUCUUUUGAAGAAUCGAAAUUUGAGGAGCUACAAAUAUUUUUGUACGAUCUAAAGAACGAUGGUUGCAGAUAUUUGUCGGUGCCUGAAACUAAAGCUUCUGAGUUUACUUCUAUGGGAGUUUUGAAUGGUUGUCUUUGUGUUUCUUUUGAUCAAGAAAGGACUGUCUUUGUUGUAUUUGCAUUGAAGGACGUCGGAGACGAAAGAUCUUGGAGUUGGUUGGUAAGUGUAAGUUAUGAAACUCUGAAUAUCUCUCCUUAUUACGAUUACCUGCAGAUUUUGUGCAUGUGGGGUGAUCUUCUGUUUCUCGCAUAUUCAGAGAUUGGGGCUUACAAUAUCAUUAUCUUUAAUUUGAAGGAGAAUAAGGUAGAACGUACUGAAGGUUACUACAAGAAAGUUUUCAGUCUCAUCUUCUCGUGUCACUAUGCUCCAAGCUUGAUUUUGCCUAUUUGA